UAUGGCAAGUAGGAUAGAUAUAAAUAGUGGGGAAUGAGGAGGAAAAUGGAGGUGGCAUAGUCUGGGGGGAGAGUGAAGGGGUCAUGAAGGAGAUAAAGAUCCAGAAGAUCUCUGGGGGCUCACCCAGUUCAUCCCCCCUCCCCCUUCACAUUCAUGUUACCUUCCCCCGAACCCUCAACCCCAUUCUCUUUUCCCAGAACCCAGGUCUCCUGGCCCCCAGCCCUCGGUUCUCCCUCCCAGCCUCAACCUUUCCUGCCUUCGGCAGAAAUACCAGCUCCUUCUUCUAAGCACCGGGGGCUUCCCCGGGCCAGGCUAGGGCCCUGAGCCCUCCCGCCCUGCCGCUGCUUCCUCUAUAAAGGGACCCAGGCGUCCGGGCCCAGGAAGCCCAGCUCAUAACAGGUUCUCCCCAUGACCUCAUCUGGAGUCCUGUGCCUCCUGGGGGCGCUGAGCCUCCAGGCGCUUUGGCUGCAGCCACCAGGGGCUCAGGGGGCUCCCAAUCCCGAUAACUCCCACUCAUCUAGCCCAGCCCCACCUGAGACAGCUCAGCAUCUCAGCCAGAAGAGCCUCUUAAGAGAUACCCUCAAACCAGCUGCCCACCUUGUUGGAAACUUCAACACCCAGGACUCUAUACAUUGGAGAGCCAACACAGACCACGCUUUCCUCCGACAUGGCUUCUCUCUAAGCAACAACUCCCUGUGGGUCCCCACAAGUGGCCUCUACUUCGUUUACUCCCAGGUUGUCUUCUCAGGAGCCAGCUGUUCUUCUAAGGUUACUUCUACCCCAUCCUACCUGAGCCAUGAGGUGCUCCUCUUCUCCUCCAAGUACCAGGUUCAUGUACCCCUCCUGAGUGCUCAAAAGUCUGUGUGCCCAGGGACCCAAGGGCCCUGGAGGAGAUCAGUCUACCAAGGAGCUGUGUUCCUGCUCACCCAGGGCGAUCGGCUGUCCACUCAUACAGAUGGUGUCUCUCACCUGCUCCAGUCCCCUAGUAGUGUCUUUUUGGGGGCCUUUGCACUCUAGAGAAAUAGAAAAAUAAAGAGGAAAAUGGCUUCAAGGCCCAUCUCCAUGCCCCUCCCCUCUAUUCCUACAGUUUCAAGGGUCCACACCACCACUCCCUGCUUCCAUUCAUUGCUUCAAUUCCUUUCAAGUAUUUUCUUCUCUGCAACCUCCAGAGAUGGAAUUCUGGAUGGUCUGAAGGCACCCCAAGAUGGGGGUCGAGGUGAGGGCAAUCAGACCUCCCCCCGCACAACCACUGCCAGAUGCUAGACUGAGAAUUUCAAGUCUAACCAGAAAUAGCCAGACAAAAGUAAUUUGGUUGGCUGGCAAGUAGUCUGACUGGGGUUUAAGCCUGGCCAUGGAAGGGAAAAGGGAAGAAGGGGUAUAUGGGAUGGGUAUCAGGGGUUGCUUGGGACAGGGAAUGGGAAAAAUUAUUUAUGAAUGGUGAUUAUUAAAUUAUUUAUUUAUAGAGCAGCAGAGAAUAGGAAGAGGGAGACAGAAAAGGGAGAAAGAUAUCUCAGGAAGAUAUACCAGGUGAACACAGGCUAAAUAGAGAAAAAGUA